AUGCUCUUACACGAUUUGUUGCUAGCCGCAACUGCCUUGGCACCACUUAUUCCAUUGGCUGCCUGUGACGAUGACAGCACCAGUACCAUUACUGUCACCACUACCAUGACUCUUUUAACACCUGAACAAUCCGCUGCUCUUGCUGCUUCUGCUUCCUCUGCCGAGUCUGUUGUCAGUGCAGCUUCUGUCGCCAGUGCUGAGUAUGCUGCAAGUGUUGCUUCCGUCGCCUCUGCUGAGUCGGCUGCUAGUGUUGCAAGUGUUGCAAGUGUUGCUUCUGCUGCUAGUGCUGCUUCUGUCGCCUCUGCUGAGUCGGCCAUUGCUGCUGCAAGCUCUUUAUCCAGAGCCAGAGGAUUGCUUGCCAUCGCCUACGAGAAUACCACCUAUGCAAAUUCAACAACGACUUCAUAUGCAAACACUACCAGUGCUACGACCUCUUACGCUAACACAACCUACCACAACUACACGCACAGUCAAACUUUAACUUCAGAGUCUCUCACAACUAUUCCAGAAACCACUUCCACUUCUGCCUCUGAAAUUGCCACCUCUAAGGCUUCAUCUUCUUCUUCUGCUGGCGCUGCUGCUGCAUACCUACAGUCAUCUUUCAGCACAGUCGGUCUUGGAAUUGCUGGCUUUGUUAUGGCUGCCUUAUUGUGA